UUCGAAGUCUUUCUUAAGAACCCGUUAUUGACGGGAAAUAGAUAGCAGAAGCUCCCGCCUAAACGAACCCAAAAUCUGAAGCAGGGCAGACUGAUUGAGAGUCUCAGAGAGUUCCGUUCCUUGAAAAACAAUGGAGGAAGGUUCCCGCAAAAGCAGCGAUGGCCUCUAUAGAGUUCUCGAGUUCUAUAGCGGCAUUGGAGGCAUGAGGUACUCAAUCAUGCGAGCUGGGAUGUCUGCAACCAUGGUCGAAGCAUUUGACAUUAAUGACAAAGCGAACGAUGUCUAUGAACACAAUUUUGGCCAUCGUCCUUACCAGGGUAAUAUUCAAAAUCUGACGGCCGCUGACCUAGACAGAUAUGAGGCGGAUGUAUGGCUACUCUGUCCUCCAUGCCAACCAUACACACGGCAAGGUCUCCAAAAGGACUCUGGUGAUGCUCGUGCAUCUUCUUUUCUCAGGAUUCUUGAACUUAUGCAACACAUGUUGCAGCCUCCUCUGAUGUUUUUUGUGGAGAAUGUUGUAGGGUUUGAGAUAUCUGAUACACAUAAGCAGAUGAUUGAGAUUUUGGUGAAAACAGGUUUUGUUGCACAAGAGUUCAUUUUGAAUCCUUUACAAUUUGGUGUGCCAUAUUCUAGACCUCGGUAUUUUUGCCUGGCAAAGAGGAAACCUUUAUCUUUUCAAAAUCCACGCUUCAAUAACCAGCUCCUUUGGAGUCCUACCCCCAUAUUGGGGUCUGAUGAUGGAUUGAUGGAUGAAAAUGUGGUCCAAUCCUGUGAACCAAUAGAGAACUUUCUUGAAGUCGAGCCUUCUAGCAAUCAGUCAGAGAGUGCGGAUUUGGACUUGUUUCACACAUCUAGAGUUCCUGGAAUGGUAUGCACAACACUGGAAACAAAGGUUGAAGAAAAUGGUUGUGGCACUGGUUCCUUGAGCCAAUACAUUGUUCCAUUAGGAUUGAUUGAAAGGUGGGGUAGCGCCAUGGAUAUUGUGUAUCCUGAUUCCAAGCGUUGCUGCUGCUUUACAAAAAGCUACUACAGAUAUGUGAAGGGUACUGGCUCCCUUUUGGCCACUGUCCAACCAAAGAAGAAGGGAAAGUUCACUCCAUUGAAGGAUCAGGGACUCAGAUACUUCACACCAAGGGAGGUUGCUAAUCUGCAUUCGUUCCCAGAGAUUUUCCAAUUUCCACAGCACAUAGGUCUUAAACAACGAUAUGCUUUGUUGGGAAACAGUCUUAGUGUAGCAGUGGUUGCACCCUUGCUUCGUUAUCUAUUUGUUGAGCCAUUAUGAUCUUGAUGAUGUCAGCUCGAAGCUUACUGCAGGUGACAUCAAAAUUGUGAAAUCAAUAAAUUUUGACCAACACAAAUUGAUGCUUGAUCCCAAAAUUUUCUCACUCGGUGAUUCAGUAUAGUGUUCUGGGGAUUCCUACACAUUUUUGGGUGGGUGUAACUAUGUGACUCUGUGAAAGCUCUCAAAAAAGGUCAGAUUAAAGACAGGACAACAGCAAUGCUGGAUGUGUGCAUCUUCCCAUACCUAGUUUCACCCUGAAGAUUUUUUCAGUUCUUAAACUGCGAGGUGGAUAGCCUUACAACUGUAUCGGGCAUUGUAGUAUUUUCCAAGUUAUAGUGUGUUUCUGUCAGGGAAUUUUUUUUUUUUGGCCUCUUCAAUAUCACUUGAUGUGUAAUAUAAGUCUGAAAGUAUUAAUCUACAUUGGUGAUACUGAUAUCAGGUUUUUGUAUCUUUUGUUGCAAUAUGAUGCCUUUGUUAUCUAUCAUAAGAAGAAGAAUAUUCAUGGGCA